AAAACCAAAUCAACAAAAAGUGAAUCUGGGAAACCAAACACUAUGAGUUCAGAUACAGAUGUAAACAAAAAUGCCUCUCCAACUGCCGAGGAACAGCCGGAUGAACCUGAUGGCCCCCUUCCUGGCUCAGUCAGUGUCCCAGAAAAGAAAGUAAGAUUAUCUCCAGCCAAAAUGUCAACCAGGAAUUCUACAGAUCUAGUUGAAUAUACUAACAAGGGUCAUUCUUUUCUUCCCGUCAUUUCAAACAUCCAGAGAUAUCAGCUAGAAGACAGACUUAACAACCAGGAGCGCACAGUAGCUUUCCUCCUAGAACAAGCCUUUCGUAUCAAGGAGGAUAUCUCUGCCUGUCUUCAGGGGACACACGGCUUUCGAAAAGAGGAAUCACUUGCCAGGAAACUACUGGAAAGUCACAUCCAAACCAUCACCAGCAUAGUCAAAAAACUCAACCAAAACAUUGAGGUUUUAGAAGACCAAAUAAGAGCUCGAGACCAGGCGACCACAGGAACUCAUUUUGCAGUGAAGGAGCUAAACACCAAACACCUGCAGGGAGUUGGAGAUCUUCGUGGAAGAGUAGCCAGAUGCGAUUCAAACAUUGUGAAGAUUUCUGGAGACAUUCACUUCAUCAGGCAUGAAUAUCGGCAAAUUGAGAAAGCAACUCAAGAGCUCAUGUCUGCUCUGGAAACUGUUUCUAAGAACUUAGACAUGAAGGUAAUGCAGCUCUUAGGAAAGAUAGAGGCUUCCAGUUCUGAGCAAACCUCAAAUUUAAAGAUGGUCCAGGGGGAUUAUCGCCACGAAAUAAACAUUUUGGAGUUCAAAUUUAAUGCACUUUCAGAUAAUCUCUACGAAAAUGUUGAAAACAAUAAAAAAUGGAUAGAAAACCAGUUCAUCAAAUAUGAAAAAGACCAGCUAAGCCACAUAAAUCAAUGUCUGAAGUUCUUACAAGAGAAACUGGAAAAGUCUGAACAUAAAAUAGAAGAAAAAUUGCUGCAGCUUUCAAGCAAAUUAGACAAUUUCAUUAACACACAGAAACAGGAAGCAGAACUGAACAAAAUAAAGCAUGUAGAAAAUAAGGUGUCCAAAAAGAUGAACCAACUGGAAAAACAGAUCUGGGGUGAAUUAGAGAAAAUGCAGACUGAAUAUCAAUCAGGGUUUAAGUCGAUACAUGACUCUCUCAGCUCCCUUCAACAAAUACAGAAAACUAAGAUGCAAUUAGAAAAACAUAAAGUCCAGAAAGAUCUAAAGAAGCUACAGCGCAAGAUAGUGGAACUCCAAGAAGUAUAAACAUCUCCAGUCAUCUUCUCUAUCACCAACCAGUGGAGUGAAUGUGUGUGAAAGAGGUGGGAACAAGAAAGUUCACAUCUCUGGAUGGUAACUGCUUCUCAUAUCUCUGUAUUUCUUACCAUCUUUUAAAGAAAUAAAUGUAUCAAAAAAACAAAAACAACAAAGAAAAGAUGCUU